AUGCGAAGGUAUGGGUUUACCUUACGCUGCUAUCAUUGCGGGGAUGCAGUGGAGUGCGAAGGAAUGUGGCACGAAAUGACUUGCGAGGGUGAUGUCCAACCAGGUAACAGUUGGUAUUGUGGAGAAUACCGGGAUCAGAACAAUGUACUCCAAACCGUGAAUUGCUCCGAAUGGAAUGCAGCAGGGUGCGUGACCGGACCGGAAGGAGGAUUUCCAGAUGGCUGGGAUGUAUGCUUUUGCGAUUGGGACUUUUGCAACGCCGGAGAUGAGAAGUCCCGCUAGGCUUCUCAUCUCGCUUUCCGCUCCUAUUUCUCGUUCAUUCUGCCUCUUGCAAGCACAUAUUUUUUCUAUAAAUUUUAUCUGUUUUGUUUUAAAAUUACGAUCUUCUCAAUAAAUCUACCA